AUGGCCAGCAUUGCAGACGUGAUCAUUCUGUCAUCCUCUCCAAAUCCACCCCGGUCGCCAGGGCCAAUUAGGCAUGCUGAAAAGCAUGUCUCCCGCGUCUUGCCACGAGAUGCAACGCCACCACCAAUAUACUUGACGUCCGAUUUGUCCCAACCUCAUACGCGUUCUCGUUUUUUUCCCACUCCAAUCACGAGCAAUAAGUGCACUGAGGACGUAGCGAAGCCGAAAAAACGUUCGACAAAGAAAGAUCCUACUUCAGGCCCCAGCAACCAAACCGCACCGAGCAAACCGCGGCGAAAGGCGAAGAAAGCCGCGGAUGCGCCAGGAACAAUUGCGCUUGGAAAUCCCCAGUCAGAGACUGUUAGUGCAGAAAAUGGUGCAGUGAAACCGACCAAAGGUCGUCCUCGAAAGAAUGCCAAGGGCAAAGAUUCAGGAAACAUGACACUGGCUGGGAAGGUCACAAAGACAAGCGGUGAUCCACCAGUAAAGAAAUCCACCAAAGGUGGGAAGAAGACGGUUGCCACAAAAUUAUCACCCUCUGGAGAUGUACCCGAGAGAAUUACACCCAAAAAAUCAAAUGCUUUGGGGGAAAACGAGGUGUUGCAUCUGGACGAGGCGAUGAGAAGAAGGAUGGACUGGACACCACCAAGGGAGACUGCCUGCGAGGAAACCGCUACCGCGAACGAUGGUGGCAGCCAGGAUAAGGACCAUUAUCCGAACCUCACGGGUGGAUUUAGCAAGCUGCUAUCCGAUUAUAAUUACUCUGGGUCAGCUUUGAAUCCCCGCGACCUUGUGCAGAAUGUAAAUGGCGGAGGACCAACAAAGCGUCGACGGAUAGAACUGGUCAAUCCUGAAAUCCAAGCAUUGCUAAAUGGAAGAUAUUCUGAUUCAAGUGAUCAGGCAUCUGCCCAAAGAGAGAACGUGGCAUCCGCGGGAAAGCCCAAAAGGACAACCAAGGGCAACCCUAAGAAGUUUACUACCUUGACGGCGCGUAUGACUGCGCAAUAUUCAACAAAUGACGCAGAAGAGGAUGAGUUGGUGAUUGAUUGUCUUCCGGACAUCAGAACGGCAAAAGGAAGACGAAGAAAGACCAAAGAGACAGAGAAAGAGUCUUCGUUCACCGUACUUUCCCCAGAAGCGGCUGUCGAAUUUUUGAAUGAUCAAGAUCUUGUAUUCGGCACCUGUAGUCAAUUGGAAAGAGAUGAUUCACCACAGACUCUGCGAGAAACCCAGCAGGCCAUCCGCGCCUCCGAGGGUCUUUCAUAUACAGAGGGGACGCGCAAUAACGACUCCAGGGCGAUCCAAGAAUCACCUACUCGUUUUGUAUCAAGGUUGGCAGGCACUAGGAAUUUGUGGUGUGUUGGGGCCAGAGAUACCGAAGGAUCUUUAAUUCAACCAGAAAAACUAAACGUGGUUGACUUGACGAAUGGGGAAGAACCUCCUGCGGAAAAGAGGCAUGAAAAUGUGGAAAAAGCAAGCCACAAACCUCUUCAGAGGAACUGGUUUGAGCUUGAAUUCGCAGACAUAGAUUCACCUCCAGAAAAGACCAAAAGGAGCUUGAAUUCAGAGACACAGGUUCAAGCUCCGGCUCCGAUCCCGGCGGCUACAGUCACGGCAGUGACCAAGGCCAAAGCUACAAAACCUGCAAAACCUGCGAACCCUGCAAAGGGAACCGAUAGAACCCCGACUGAAGUAGCUGAUUCCUGGCCAACUGCCUCGCAGGCGCCCUCAAUGCCACAAUAUACCGGAUUUACAGACACAGAGUUGGCUAAACAAGUUUCCACUUAUGGCUUUAAGGCAGUCAGGGGCCGGAAGAAGAUGAUCGAUCUCCUACAACAAUGUUGGGAAUCGAAACACGGUAGCAAUACUACCUCCGACAGCCAGCCUAUAUACCAACCCGAGCAACAAAAAGAGCCUAUCUCUAAAAUGGACAAUGUUCCAACCCCCACUUCGAGUGCGAAGACGAAGGAGACAGUCAAGUCUAAAUUUGGAACAUCUACAAACAACCGAAAAUCGCUUGACGUGACAAAAUCAACUUUGCGAACCAAUCUUCAGACAAGCCCAAAGAAAAGCUCAAGAGGGAAGCCUGUCGCUGAGACCUCUACGUCAUUCAUUGAUGUAGAAGAGAUCCAAGACUCAGAAGAAGAAAUCAUCCCCUUUCCAAGUCAAGUACAAAAGCACUACACCGACAUCUAUUCAAAAUCCAAGACAGGUAGUUGGGUGCAACCCCACUCCUUAGAUAUCCUCACAAAAACUCCACCGCCAAGUCCAACCAAACGCAAGGUUGUUCCCUCCAAGAUUUCUGCCAAGAGACCAUCAUCCUCUACGUCUAUCACAACCACCCACACAGCAGAGCCCUCUAAAGAAAUCAGUCUAGCGGAAAUAUCUGCACAGAUCACUCAAGCUGUUCGUGCCCAGCCUCGGCUAUCACCGCUGUCAUCAUCUCGUGGUAGCCGUAGUCGACCGACAUGGCAUGAAAAGAUCCUCAUGUACGACCCUAUUGUUCUAGAAGAUUUCACAGCAUGGCUUAAUAUCGAGGGGCUUGGACUUGUGGGCGAGGAUCGUGAGGUUGGCACUGCGUCUGUCAGGGAAUGGUGUGAAAGCAAAGGAAUCUGCUGUUGUUGGAAAAAGAAUGCCGGCUGGUAA